CGCGCAGUGUCUGAGAACGGCCCUGUCUACAUUCAGAAAAAGACUGAGGCAUGGAUCCAGCUUGGGAAGUCGCGGUCUUCCAGCGGCAACUGGACACCCUGGAUGAGCGCCGCGAAGACCACGCGGGGGUGAGCAUGCGCGAGGCGUCAUCGCACCAGCGUCGGCCGACGGUCUGGUGGAGGCGCCAGCUGUUCUGGGUGCUGGUGGGCGUCGCCUGCAUGCUCAUGCUGCUCGUGUUGGCCGCGUACCAGCUACGGCCCAAGCGGGUGGCACGUGAAGCCUUUCUCUACGCGGCCUGGUCCACCGCCGCACCUUCCUGGAGCCGCACCACGCCUUCCAACCUGACGCUGCUGCCCUCCUGACGUGCUGGCGGUCCUGCACCGCGAGUUGGACCGACAGGCACACAAUAAGAUCAUAAAUACUAUGCGGGUGUUUCAAAGCGCGGACUAAGUACUUUCGUUUAGGCAGUCCCUUCAAUAAAAUAUAGUGAUUGUCGUGAGUGACAAGCAAGCCGCGUGCGUCUUGCGAGAACAAGAUGAAGACGCCGGUCGGCAAAAAGAAGGAAUGUACAAAGGCAAAGGAGAAAAGACAAAGGAGCCAUUUCGAGAGAAGGAACGUGAAACUUCGGGGAAGAGGCAGAAAAAACGGCCGAGGGGAGAUGAGCUGUUACUUCUUUAUGUUAAAUUAUUUUAUCUCAAAAUUCCUAACAAUAUAUAUAUUUUUAACUUCUGAAUCACAUUUCUUUAAUCACGCGCUCUA